AUGCUUCAACAAAUUCUUCGUGAUUUGCAUGUUGCUCCUGAGAUUAUUUCUGGUUUACCCGAUGAACAAAAACAAUUAUUAUUUUGUAAAAUGCGGGAAGAACAAAUUCGUCGAUGGAACGAAAGAGAAUUACAAUUGGAAAAGGUUUCAAAAUUGAAAACUCCAAAGGAUGGAAAACAAGUAAAAUUUAUGUUGGGUUCAGAUGGAAAUGAAUGGGUUUGGGUAAUGGGUGAGCACAAAGAUGAUAAAACAAUUGAACAAAUUUUGGAAGAACAAAUUGAAAUUCAAGCUGAACAAGAAACAAAUGCCAAAAGAAAGGCAAAAGAACUGGAACUACAUAAAAAAAUGGAAACUGAAAGAGAACGUUUAUUAAACGAAGAGUUCAGGAAAAAACAAAUUGAAGAAAUUUCAAAUAAUAUUCAAGAAGCCAGAAGAGUAUUUGAACGUUUAGAAACCGAAACCAGACGAUUGAUGAUGGAAAAAGAAGAAGAGGAAAAUCGUAAACAACAAACAUAUUUUGAACGAUUAAAAGAAAAGCGUAAACAUGAAUUAUUAGAAAAACUAAAGGAACAGCAAAAAAAGUCUUUGAAAGAAAAUGAUGAUAUGGACGAAAUAAAUCGAGCAUGGGCAGCUGUUGAGGAAAAAGCCAAAAGAGCUGAAUUGAUUCAACGUGAGGUAGCAAAAAAAGUUCGUAACGAUUAUCGUAAUUCAAUGCAGUUGAAUGUUUGCUUCGAUACAUCAACGACAUCAACAUCUUUCGCUUCGUCCUCCUCCUCAUCAUCAUUAUCAGGUUCAUAUUUGCAUACACCAUCGUCUACUGGUCUAAGUCAAGAUGAUGAACAUAGUAAAGAAAAAGAAAACACAGUGCAAGUUGGUUGCAUUACAACUACUCCAAAAUCAAAUGCAAAUGACAUAUCACUUAUUACCAGUGAAUUGACAAAUAAAUCGUCCGCAUUAUCUGCAAAGACCAUUCCCUCGAAACGUGAUGAUGUUAAACAAUGGUUUCGUGAAUCUGAAAUUUCCUAUGGUUCAUUUUUAUCUUCAAAUGGCCACAUAGCAACUUGGUUUCAUGGUAUAAUAACACGAGUACAAGCUGAAGAAAUGUUAAAAGUUCAACGAAUAGGAACAUAUUUGAUACGUGUGAAUGAAAAAAUAUACGGUUAUGCAUUAUCAUAUCGAGCUUCUGAUCGUUGUCGACAUUUACUUAUUGAAGUUAUGAGUUCACAAUGUGGUAAUGAUCAUUGUUACCGAUUUCUUGGAUCAAAAAAUGAAAAAUUCAAAAGUCUUAAUGAACUUAUUGAAAAAUAUAGUGCUAAUUCUAUCCGUCCAAAUUCAAAUGAUAUGCUCGUAUGUCCACUGGGUCAGAUCAACGGUCAACAACCGGACUAUUUUGAUUUAUUUGAUCAUAAAACACCGUCAGAUGAUUUAUACAUAUCUUUAGAUACAACUACUUCAUUAAAUAAAUCUAGACAUUCUAAUGAAAUAAACACACAUUUAUAG